UACAUAUGCUGUGGGCAUCUAACAAAGUAUAAAAGGGCAAGGGUGGCACAAGUAUUUACAAUCAAGUUUAAACAACCAACAGCCACCAUGACCAUGGGCAGGAUCACCUUCUACGAGGACAAGAACUUCCAGGGUCGUUCCUAUGAGACCAGCCAGGACUGCCCCGACAUGUCCUCCUACCUGAGCAGGUGCAACUCCUGCAGGGUUGAGAACGGCUGCUUUAUGGUCUACGAGCGCCCCAACUUCAUGGGACACCAAAUGCUGGUCAGAAGAGGAGAGUACCCCGACAACCAGCGCCUGAUGGGCAUGAGCCAGAGCGACUGCAUCAGGUCCAGUCGUAUGAUCCCCAUGCACAAAGGAUCCUAUAAAAUGAAGAUCUACGAGAAGGAGAACUUUGGAGGUCAGAGCAUGGAGCUGAUGGAUGACUGUGACUCCAUCCAGGAUCGUUACCGCAUGUCUGACUGCCAGUCUGCCCAGGUUAUGGAUGGCCACUGGCUGAUGUUUGAGCAGCCCCACUUCAGAGGCAGGAUGAUGUACAUGAGGCCUGGAGAGUACAGGAGCUUCAAGGAUAUGGGCAUGGGGGCCAAGGGCAUGAGGUUCAUGAGCAUGAGGCGUAUCACCGACAUAUGCUAAAUCAUCUGAUUGUCAAUUGUUCAAAUAAAUGCAAAAACACUA